AUGGCUCUGCUGAAGGUUCUGCUGCUGCUGCUGGGACUGGGUGUUUCAGUGAACUCAGAUGUUUCUCUGCAGAAGAGAAUCAUUGGAGGUCGAAACUGUGAUGAAGGUGAGCGUCUUUAUCACGUUCGGCUGGAGAUCACAAGGGGUGAGAGAAAGGAAGGAUGUGGAGGAUCUCUGAUCCACCCUGAGUGGAUACUGACUUCAGCUCACUGCAUGGCUGAGCCAGGAUGGAUUAUUGUAGCAUUGUUCAAAGUUCAUCCAAGGACUAUUAUACGUUACAAUCAGGUAAUCCAACAAGCUCCUGUGAUUUAUACUCGUGAUGGCCAGCAGCAUGACCUCAUGUUGCUGAAGCUUGAGACACCAGUAACAGAUGUUCCACUUGCUCAGCUACCAGACUGCAGGCGUCUUAGUAGAGGCGAUGUUGUUCAGCUGGCAGGAGAGGGAGCAACAACAGCCGGCCCCAAUAAUGAACGAUUAUCCGCUAAUCCUAUUCCACCACAACUUCAGUGUGUUGACAUGAGAGUUAUUCAGUUUUCCGGCUUCAUCCCAACAUAUGGGCAUGUAUUCUAUGCUGAAGCACCUAAUAAGGAUAUAUGUUUUGGUGACACUGGUGGAGCAGCGAUGCACAACGACAUGAUUUAUGGUGUGAUUUCUCUUGGUCAACCAGACCAUGCAUGUCAGAGACCAGCUGCAAUCCUUGAUGUGUGUGAAUAUCUGGCAUGGAUACAACAAACAACUGGGAUUCAAUAA